AUGGCUCAAAUUUCGAUUCAUUCUAGGGAACGUUUGGGAAACCUUUUUAUGCUGGUUGCUACGAGUGUUGGAUCUCUUUCUGUUGACGCAUUUUCUGUUUAUCAGCUUAUUUAUUUAACCGAAAAUGCACAUAAGCAGUGGCAGCAUUGUUACCUUUAUGCGGGGUUCAUAUGUGUGGGCAUGGCAUCUAUUGUGUUGUAUAACUCUUAUAAAUGCUAUAAGCACUACUCCUGUGCACCAGAAGACUCAAACAUUUUUACCAACCUCGGCAUUGUAGGAGUUGCAACCCUUAUUCUCUUGUGCUUUUAUUUGGGUUUCAAAAUAUUCCCGAAUGAACGCCUAAAAUUGGAAUCUGAGCCAUUUCUUUCUGGAGACUUAAACAAGCUCAUCGAGCAGAAGCUGUUUAUCAUACAAAUGAUGCUGAUCAUGGCUACUAUUCUCGGGUGGGCAAUGGUCAGAGCGGAAGUUUUCACGGGUGUAAAAGAGACAGGGAAGGUUCACGUGCUGCUGUUCCUAACGUAUUUCAUUGACACCUUGCCCCUGGCCGUGCAGUACCACCCUGACUACGAUAUCCAAGAUGGCUUUUUUGUCCUGGCUCUGUUGAACGCGGCAUGUGUCAUACUCACGGUCCUCCUCCUCACAACCGGUCAUAACAGUUCCACAGUGUUUCCACGAAUUCAGAGUGUGCCUCCAUCAAGGUACAAUACUUACUCAAUGAUAAGUGUUAUAGGAGAAUUGGGAGGAACCAGUGGAGAAGGGGGGGCAGUGUAUCUUCUGGCCCAAGUAGCGCUCGUUCAAGGACGGACGAAAGAACGCCUCUUCUACCCAGGAUACCCUCUGUAUAGUCAUCAGCGGAUGAUUACCAGGAUGUCGUGCACAGGGGCCAGACAAAGGUAUUCGAAACGGUGCCCGAGUUUGUAUGAGACGAAAUAUCGGUUAACGAUACUUGAAGUUUAA